GAGGAGCUGUGUCUGCUGUUUGGAGGUUUUUUGGUUUUAAAAUAUCAAACAUAGAUCAAAAUACAAUAUAUUGUAAAGUUUGUCGAGCCGCUGUUGUUGCCUCUGGAGGCAACACUAGCAAUUUACUCCAUCACCUCAGCUGAAAACAUGUGUUGGAAUACGAAGAGUGUAUGCAAUUACGGUCCUCGGAUUCGAGGCCGUCAACCAGUCCGAGUGAAUCAGUGAAGCCAAAGGGUCAGACAUCGCUUCAAGAGGCAUUUGCUCGAGGCAGCGCUUAUGACAAAAAAAGCAAGCGGUGGCGUGAAAUUACAGACGCAAUAAUGAUCCACCUCUGCAAGGACAUGGUCCCGCUGCAGACAGUCGAUAAAGACGGGUUCAGUGCAAUGGUUGAAACGCUGGAUCCAAGGUACGUCAUACCGGGGCGAAAGUACAACACCGAAGCAAGCUGGAAGCGGAGCUACGUACAGUCGCCCACUUUUCGACAACAACGGACCUGUGGUCAAGUCGCACAAUGGAGCCAUACCUGAGCAUAACGGUGCACUUCAUCAGUGAUGACUGGGAGUUGUGCAACCACUCUUUGCAAACGUCGUAUUUCCCGGACGACCACACCGGAGAAAUAAUUGCACAAGGCUUGAGAGAGGCACUUGAGUCCUGGAGACUGGGAGAGGAGAGGCAGGUGGCCCUAACAACUGACAGUGGGGCCAACAUCGUCAAGGCAGUCGAGCUGAAUAAUUGGAGAAGACUCCAAUGCUUUGGACACAGGCUUCACCUUGCCAUAGAGAGAAGUGUAAAAGAUGCCCGCAUAGAACGUGCAGUCGGUGUGUGCAAAAGAAUUGUUGGUGCCUUCUCGUACUCCUGGAAAAGGAAGAGGGACCUGGCCAUUGCUCAGGCUGAACUUGGCCUGCCAAAGCACCAGCUCACAACAGAGACGCCUACUAGGUGGGGAUCACGACAAAAGAUGAUCCAAAGACUGACUGAGCAGGAGAGAGCCAUAAGUCAGGUGUUUAAAGCUGACAAGAAAACAAGGCACUUGGUGCCCAGCUGGCAGGACAUGGAUGUGCUGGAGUCAGUAAACAAGGUGUUGAGCCCACUUCAGGAGUUCACAGAUGCCUUGUCUGGUGAAUGCUAUGUUAGUGUCUCAUACCUCAAGCCAGUACUCCAUCUCUUCAAUGAAACCAUUCUUGCUGAGGGAGAAAAUGACACUCAACUGACCAAGGACAUGAAGACUAUGUCCUUGGUCAAGUAGUGAAUGGUCUAAGUAGGUUAGACCAUUCUAACCUACUUGAAUGAAAAGUACUCAGAUCCUGGCACAGAUGACCUGCUAGACAUGGCUUCUCUUCUUGAUCCCUGCUUCAAAACUACCUACAUCAGGAAUGAAAAGGUUGAUGAAAUCAAAGCUAGAGCAGUAGAAGAGAUAAAAUCACUGCUGACAGAGCAACAGGCAGACACCACUGGCACUUCAUCAGCACUCCCAAGGGCUGUAGCAGCAGCAGCAGCUGAACCUGAAGUAAAAAUAAAAAAGAGUUUGGCCAGCAGCACAGCUCAGAGCAGAGGAGCAACUCUCUCAGACGAGGAGACUGUUAAAGUGGAGCCGAGAAGCUACCUGCAGGCCGUGGAGGUCAACAGUGACACUGACCCAUUGGAGUGGUGGAAAUGCCACCACCUUUGAAUACUGUAGCUUGAAGGAUAAUGUGAAUCUAUACCAGGCUUGUUUCUUAACGUUUGAGAAAUAUCUAUUGGAAUAUUUAAAUACUUUGAGUAUUUUAGGUCAGUUUAUAGUGUUUAUACAACAAUUUUAAAAUAUUUUGUUUUGGAAAGGAAGCCAUGUUUAAGUUGUUGUCAUAUCUAUUUAUUUUUAAGUUCUGUUUUAACUACGUUGCAGUUUGCACUUUGCAUGAUAAAAAUUGUUUACAUUCUGCAACUGUUUCAUGCAUUCUGAUUCCUUCAUAUAUUGUAACAUUUUGUGGGGCCAAGCAAACCCUAUAGUAAUCAAAGCCUUUAUACUAGUGCUGG